AUGUCAUCUGUUGAUGCAAUCGUUAUUGGCGCGGGUUUUGGAGGACUUUACAACCUCAUCAAGCUUAAAGAGCUUGGGCUUUCAGUAAGGGCCUUUGACAAGGCUCCCGAAAUUGGCGGUACAUGGUACUGGAGUCAAUACCCCGGCGCAACUAGCGAUUCUGCUAGCGAGAUUUAUCGAUACCGCUUCAACAAGGAUGCAUUACAGACAGACGUAUGGCCGGAUCACUAUGUGUCGCAAAAAGGAACCCUUCAGUAUUUGAAAAACAUCGCCAAGCUUUAUGACUUGGAAAAGGAUAUUCAACUCAAAACCAAACUGGUAUCGGCUGCUUUCGAUUCAGCAUCGGCUACAUGGACGACUACAUUCGAUAAUGGCGAAGUUUGGAAAUCCACAUACUUGAUUACGGCUGUAGGAAUCUUCCAUACGCCUAAUUACCCCAAGAUUACUGGUCUUGAGAAGUUCAAGGGCCCAGUGUACCACACAGGUGACUGGACCGAACAGUAUGACCUUAAAGACAAGCGAGUUGGUAUCAUUGGUAAUGGAUCCUCUGGUGCACAAAUUCUAGUCAACAUCGCAGACGAUGUAAAGCAGGCAAUCUCUUUCCAACGCUCGGCGCAGUACGUUGCUCCCCAUCCAAACAAGGCAGUAACAGCCGAAUACAGAGAAAACAUCAACAAGACUUAUGACGAUGUCUGGAAAUUGGUUGAUAACCAUCCUACUGCAAUGCCCUUGGAGCACCAGACAACCUCGGCCUUGAGCGUCAGUCCAGAAGAACGAGAACGUAUCUGGGAAGAACUUUGGGACAAGAAGAGCGGCUUUAGCUUCAUGUACGGAGUCUUUGGCGAUAUUCACUCCAGUGAAGAAGCAAACAAAGAACUUUGCAACUUUUUCAACAAAAAGAUUGCUCAAAUCGUGGAGGACCCCGAAAAAGUUAAAAAACUGACACCGAACGAACUCUAUGGCAAGCGACCUGUUACUCUCUCAAACUACUAUGAGACAUUCAACAAGAAAAAUGUCGAUAUAGUCAACUACCAGUUUACACCUUUUGUUGAAAUCACUGAGAACGGUAUCCGAACCACCGAGAAGCUGCACGAGCUGGAUGUUAUUAUCCUGGCGACUGGUUUCGAGGUCGUGGAUGGCAGUUAUGCAGCCAUCGACAUCAAGGGCCGCACCGAAACUUUGAGCCAGCAGUGGGCUCGAGACGGCGUAUCUUCUUACUUGGCCAUUGGUGAUACCGGAUUUCCCAACCUGUUCUUCAGCGUGGGCCCGCAAUCGCCGCUUGGCAAUAUGCCGCCGAUCAUCGAGAUACAAGGUGCUUUUGUCAGUGGGAUGAUUGCCAAGGCCGAGAAACUGAAGAAGGAAAACGGAGGCAAGCCUGUUCUCAUUGAAGCUGAUGCGGAAGCGAAGAAAGGGUGGAUGGAUCUGUGCCGCAUGAUUGCAAAUGGCAGCAUUUUCAGAAACAUCAAGUCUUACAUCUUUGGCAACAAUGGCCCAAGAGGAGAUGACAAUGCUGGUAUUUUCUGGCUUGCGGGUUACGCCAACUACCGAAAAGCUGUGGAAGACGCGCAAUCGAAGGACUUUGCUGGUUUCAAGUUCCUCUCUUGA